AUGGCUCUGCAUUUGGGAAUCUUUCUGAUUUGGGCUGGUGCCUGUGUCUUUCUACAACUGGACCAUGUGGAUGGAGAUAAUAAGUGUGUUUUCCCAUUCAUUUAUGGAGGCAACCAGUAUUUUGAUUGCACUAAGGAGAAUUCCCUAUGGGCUUGGUGUUCUCUGACUGAAAUUUAUUCUGGGAUAUGGAGAUAUUGUGUUGAUGAAGAUUACGCCCCAUGUGUCUUUCCCUUUAUCUAUCGUGGCAAAACAUAUAACAGUUGCACAACUGCUGGGAGUUUGUUUUGGAAUUAUUGGUGCUCAAUCACUCCUAACUAUGACCAACAUAAAGCUUGGAGGUAUUGCCCGUAA